CAGUGUGUGUAAAAGUAUUAUUUACUCCAGAACUAGACAUGGCAUUUAAGAUUGCUUGUGUACUGUUGACGUUGGCUGUCGCCUGCUACGGCAUGCCUCACUACGGCGGUGGCCCCGGUAACGGCGGCUACAACCAGGGAGGCCAGGGUGGAUUCGGACAAGGACAGGGUGGAUUCGGUGGUCCUCAGGGCGGCUUCGGUGGCCCUGGAUCACAAGGUGGCCACGGACAGGGAGGAUUCGGUCAGGGUGGUCACGGGCAACAAGGAUUCGGUCAGGGUGGUUUCGGUCACCAAUCUGAGCAAGGAUACGGCCAGGGUGGUCACGGACAACAAGGUUUCGGUCAGGGUGGUCACGGACAACAGGGCUUUGGUCAGGGCGGUCACGGACAACAGGGCUUCGGCCAGGGAGGUCACGGACAACACCAUGGAGGCUACCAGGAACACGGCUACUAAUUUGGGACUAUCGAACAAUUGUAUUAUCGAGAUGUGUUGAUCGACUGAAC